AUGAAAAACUUCAACGUUGAUAGAUUCAAAAAUGAAUUAACCAGUUUACCAUGGUCACUUGUUGAUAAUCUUGAAAAUGCAAAUGACCGAUGGGAAUUGUGGAAAUCGAUGUUUAUGAAUGUUGUUGAUAAUCACGCUCCAUUAAAACGUAAGCGGCUUAGAAAUAAAAAAGUCCCUGGAUGAAUGCAAAUCUAAAACAAUUAUUUUUGCAAAGAGACAAACUUAAGAAAUUAGCGGUGGUGUCAAAAAAUCCAGCUGACUGAAAAAAAUUCAAAGAUGCGAGAAAUACGUGCAAUAAUAAAAUUAGACAAGCAAAAACCGAUUAUUACCAUCAAUAUUUUAAAACAAAUUCGGGAAAUCCAAAAGAAAUUUGGAAAUCAAUCAAUGAGCUAAUGUCUCGUAAUGCUAAGUCAGACGACAUCUCUCAUCUUACGUGCAAUGAUAGAGUGAUCAGUGACUCAGCUGACGUAACAUAGUGUUUUAAUAAUCAUUUUGCAGAAAUUGGGUUGAAAUUGAGACUUGAUGAACCGGAUGAAUUAAAUAAUUGCGUGGUAUGUUUUGGUCAUUAUUUAAAACAAGCGGAUACGGUUUUCACGUUAGAUUUGACAACACCAAGUGCUGUUUUUAAGUUACUCUCUUCAUUGCAGGAAGGAAAAGCAAUGGGUCUUGAUGAGAUUCCGGCUAAAUUGUUAAAAUGCGCCGCGUCAGUGAUAUCAGACUCAUUAUGCAACUUAUUUAACUGCUCAAUAGCAACUGGUGUAUUUCCAGAUGAUUGGAAAAUUGCAAAAGUUAAGCCACUUCAUAAAGGAGAUGCAAAAGAUCUUUUAAAUAACUACAGACCAAUUUCUGUUCUAAGUGCUGUGAGCAAAAUCUUUGAACGAAUCGUUUAUGACCAGUUGUAA